GGCAGGGCGGCGGGGCCCGACGGGGCGGCGAGCUGUCAAAGAGGCAUCCCGGGGCCGGCAGCGGGAGCAGCCCGAUGUGUCCCUAGCUGCGAGACCCCCCUCUCAACCCCGGCCAUGAACGCCGAGGAGCAGUAUUACGCCUCGGCGCAGCUCUACAAGGAGCCGUGCGCCUUCCAGAGGGGCCAGGCGCAGGAUUACAACGCCAGCCCCCCCGCCUGCCUCUACAUGGGCAGGCAGCAGCAGACGCCGUACCCCGGCCCUUUAGGGGCGCUGGAGCAGGGCAGCCCGCCGGAUAUUUCCCCCUACGAGGUGCCUCCCAUCACAGAAGAUGCCGGGGUCUCCCACCUGCACCAUCACCACCACCACCACACCACCCAUCUUCCUCCCCCCCACCAGGACGCGCUGCCUUUCGCCGACGGGGCGGACGCGGGGGCGAUGGAGGAGCCCCGGGUGCAGGUGCCCUUCGCCUGGAUGAAGUCCACCAAGUCGCACGCCUGGAAGGGACAGUGGGCAGGUAAGGGAUCCUACGUGGUGGAGCCGGAGGAGAACAAGCGGACGAGGACGGCGUACACCCGGGCGCAGCUGCUGGAGCUGGAGAAGGAGUUUCUCUUCAACAAGUACAUCUCCAGGCCGCGGCGGGUGGAGCUCGCCGUCAUGUUGAACUUGACGGAGAGGCACAUCAAGAUCUGGUUCCAGAACCGGCGGAUGAAGUGGAAGAAGGAAGAGGAUAAAAAGCGAGGGGCGGCCAACACCAACGACCCCGAGCAAGACUGUGUGGUGUCCUCCGGCGAGCUGCAGGGCAAAGAGGAGCUGCAGCCGUGCCCCCCCGGGAACAUGCCCUCGGGGGCCUCCAGGGACCUGCUGGCCCCCAGCCUGCCCCCCCGAAGGCAGCAGGACUCUCGGUGA